AGGCAUUCAGACAGUUGUAUCUAUCAUUCUUGAAAUUACUUACACUCCUGAUCCUGAAGCCUCGCUCUUCCUUACAUUUUCAUUCAAUGAGUCCACGCCCAAAUUCAUUUCCCCCGCCCCAAGAAACCCUAAUUCAUCCUCCCCCGUUCUUUUACGGUGGGAUUCUUUUCAAGAUCCCCGUUUCUUCUUCUUUCACCCGGAAGAAACCCAAAAAAAUUAAAAAUAAAAAGAAGGAUUGUUUCAACAAUUUACUGCAUAUAGAAUCAGUUGAUCGAGUUAUUGAGGCAGAAGAUGAUGGUUGGCGGUGUGGAUCAGACUGAUAUUAGGCGGCUUCAUUCAGAAGUCUAUUGGUAAACAAUCAGGAAAUUGCUUAAGUUAUGGACGAUGAAGAUGCACAAGAUACAAAUUUAAAGCCAACCACUGGUGCUUCUAAAACUAAACAUGUGUCAUUCACAGAAGUGGUUUCAAUUGUCAAUCCAGACCAUGAUUGUGGUAGCAGACCACAUUCAGAGACUAAUCGAAAAGGCAUUCGACAUGGGUCAGCCCAAAUUUCUAAUUCUUCAAAUGCUGUGUUUUCAUCGUUGUCAAAAUCUUCCUCUGAUGAUCCUGUACUUCUGAAGUUCAGAGUACAAAACAACAUUCCCAAGCCCAAAUCAUUGUAUAAAAAUGACAAACUUGAUCUCUCGAGUGAAGCCUUGAACAAGUUGGAAGAAUCUAUUAGCGGGUCACAAGAAUCCACCACCUCACAGUGUUCAGAUAUCACCCAUGAAUCUUCAAGUUGUGUGUCACUAACGCUAUCCCCUCCCAUCCAAGUGAUGGAAAGGGGUGGAGGUUUCGAUCCUGACAGGAUUCCUGAUUCUAUUUUCAGUGGACCAUUGUCAACACCAACUGACUGGAGUGCUGCUUCCAAUGACUCGUUAUUCAGCAUUCGUAUCGGGAACACUAGUUUUGCAGGGGAUUAUACUCCCAGGAUCGGCGCAGACUUCUGCAAAUCAGGGGAAUUACCCAAAUCAGGAGAAGCCUCCAAGUCUGGGGAACUAUGUCAAUCUGGAGAACCUUUUGAGGCUCAGGAAUCAUGUCAGUCUGGAGAACCUCACAAGUCCAAGGAAUUGCCUCAGUCUGGAGCUCUUAACAAGUCUACAGAAUCAUAUCAAUCUAGAGAGCAUAGUGAUCUGAAAAGGUCCGGUGAGUUGGCUAGGUGGCGAACAUCCCCAACUACUAAAGGAGUAGAGGCUGACAAGAACAUAGAGAUGGCAAAGACUGUUCAUAAGGAUAUAAACCCUGGAGAAAGAGGACUGGCAGAUGGACCAGCCAAUGAUGUUCCCAAGGCUCUCAUGAAUAACCAAGUCGAGAGAAAAAUAAGAGAGUCCAUGGAUUCUUCUAGAGCCAACUGUCAUUCAGAUAAAAGUGAAAUCAGUAGCUCCUCUUGUGCUUUGCCAACAAAGAAGAAAGCUUCAUGUCUACUUUGCCAUUUUCCUGAUUGUUUCCGGGUAUCCUGUUGCUGCAAAUGGUCAGCUUGCUCAUUCAAACGGUGUCUCUGGCCAAGUUGCUUCAGGAACUGCUUGAGCUGGAAACAUUGUUGUUGUAAGUGGCCAAGCUUCCAUUGCAAGUGUUUGUCCUGGUCAAGCUGCCGUUGCAAGUGUUUGUCCUGGUCAAGCUGCUGCUGUAAGUGCCCGACCUGUCCUAGUUGUACAUGCCCAACCUGUCCUAGUUGUACAUGCCCAACCUGGCCUAGCUGUACAUGCAAACGUCCAAGCUGUACAUGGUCAUGCUGCUACUGUUGGAAGCGUAAACCAAAAGGAUCCAUUUCAGAUUCCUCUUCCAUUUUGCCAGGUGGGGGAAUAACCACUUCUAAAAAAGGAAAGCCAGAGAAUCAGCAAACUAUACCACCAAAACCCAAGUCGUCAUCCAGAAGGCAGUGCUCUUGCUUUACGUGUUCGUAUUCUUGUUCAUGUUGCACAUGCUGGUCUUGCUCGUGCUGCUAUUAAAGAAGUGAGAGUUUUAGCAUGCCUUCUCUUUUUAACACAUUCUUUUUAAUAGGUGCUUCUAAAGUUAUUGAACGGAUUCAUGGAACAAACUAGAUAUUGACUGGGCUUAUUUGUAAUCAAAUACCUGUUUAGUAGUCCAGUCAACUUGAGGAGUAGAGGUGACCGCUUUUUCCCUAUGAUAGAUCAAUUCACAAUCCUUUUGUACAAAUUGCUGGUAAGAAGUAGUCAGUUCUCUUAGGGGAAUUGAGUUGUACAUUUAAUCACCAGCACACUUGCAGCACAUUUCCUUCUCCUGUAACUAUGAUUCUAAUGCAAUACCUUCUAUUUAUAU